UUUUGUAACCAAACAUAACAUCUCCUUCCAAUAUUUGAAUUUCAUUCACUUCCAUGCAAACUCGAACGCAUGAAAGAAUGUAUAGCUCAUUCUAUACAUUAAUGCUCAUUUUCUCUCUCUUUUCUCAAUGUUUUUUACUUUCAGUUUCAAAGUCUAUGCGAAAAGCAGAAGAUGAUAUGCUGCUAAGUACAUUCAGCCUUGGGAAAGUAAUGCAGAAUGGAGGCAAAGCUGAAAACUCAUGGCCUGGAUCUUCUCUUGAACAUUAUAAAAUAGAGGACAGCAAUUUUCUGGGUGAAGAGGAGAAUGGAAUCCAAAUGUUUUCUAAUAGAGGUUCUAAACAUGACAGACCACCACUGAAACUGGGUAUUAAGCAGUUUCCUUAUUUUGCACGGGAAGGACCAAUGGCUUUGCCAGCCGAUGCUGACGUUGAAAAUACUGAAGCAAUACAAGAAAGGAGAGAGGCUGGAGAUGAUGAAAAUUCUGUUAAAUUGCCUAUUGGAAGAAGAGAUUUUGAUAUGCUUAGGUGCAUGUUGGGAAGAGUCUAUCGACCUUGUGGGCAAGUUUAAAAUACAGCUGAAAUACAUCAUUUGGAAGAGAUCAAAUAAUUUCUUGACAAUUCACUGAAGAUGUAGCUGUGGUUUAUAAGUAUUCCAAUGUGUCCGUACAGAUCCUGAAUAUUUUUAUGUCAUAUUAUCCUCUGAUCAAUAAGUAUUACAGCAUGUUAUUAAAACUAAUAAUUCUGCAAAA